AUGAGCUACGUCCCGCCUGAGCCUGUGCGCUCCAUUGAGGAGUGCGACGCCAUCUUGCAGUCGCCGCAGUCGCCUCUCGUCACCGACACCAUCACGAUCGGCAAGCGUCGAGUGCGCGUGUACCGCAACUUGCCCGCGUCGAUCCGGGACAUGUGGCUCACGUCCGUCGAGGCGUUCGCCAAGCGCGAGUACUUGAUCUACGAGAACGAGCGGCUCACGUACGCCGACGCGCAAGAGCGCGCGGUCCGCCUCGCGUCGCUCCUUCACGCUCGCGGCGUCAAAAAGGGCGACCGCGUCGCCAUCGCCAUGCGCAACAUCCCCGAGUGGGCCAUCACCUGGUGGGCCUGUCAGCUCCUCGGUGCCGUCGCCGUCGCCGUCAACGCCUGGCUCACGCCCGAGGCUUUCUACCACUGCGUCUCGAUCACGACCCCGACGGCGGUCUUUGUCGACGCCGAGCGAGCCGAGGUCCUCCAGCCGAAAGUUGGCGACCUGCGCUCGCUCGGGUGCCGCACUUUCCUCGUCGCGCGCUCGACGACCCUUCCAGCAGGCUUCGAGUCGUUCGUCGACGCGCUCAAGGCCCACACGUCGGUCGACUUUCCGCGAUCCGAGAUCCUGCCCGAGGACGACGCGUGCAUCUUCUUCACGUCGGGCACGACGAGCUUGCCCAAGGGCGUCCUGUCGACGCAUCGCCAGUACCUCAGCAACAUGUUCAACUCGGCGUGCAGCGGUGCUCGGGCCCUCCUGCGCAAGGGCGAGACCCUUCCGGCGCCGGACCCGAACGCGCCGCAGCUCUCGGUCCUCCUCGUCGUCCCGCUCUUCCACGCCAUGGGCAACCACUCGUUCCUCGGGCCCGUGUCGGCCAUGGGCGGCAAGAUCGUCCUCAUGCGCAAGUUCUCGCCGUCUCUCGGCGCCCAGCUCGUCGUCAAGGAGGGCAUCACGAACGCGAGCGGCGUGCCGAGCCAGGUCUCGCAGCUGCUCGAGGAGAUCCCGCACGAUGCCGAGGGCGUCAAGCUCGAGACGUUGAGCUACGGUGGCGGGCCGCCGAGCUCGAGGCUGCCGGAGCAGCUGAGGACGAGGCUGCCCAACGCCCUCAUGGCCCAGGGUUACGGCUUGACCGAGGUCAACUCGGCGGCGACCGUCUUUGCCGGCGACGACUACCUCGCCCGCCCAACCUCGUGCGGCCUCCCAGCUCUCGCCGUCGACAUCAAGAUCAUCCCGCCGACCGCGCCGAUGCCUAUCUCGUCGGCGCCGGCGCUCAAGCCUCGCGAGGUUGGCGAGGUCUGCAUCCACGGCCCGAACGUCUCGCAGGGCUACUGGCGCGACGAGGAGGCGACGCGCAAGGCGUUCGACGACGAGGGGUGGUUCAGGUCGGGCGAUCUGGGUUACGUGGACGAGGAGGGCUUCCUCUACAUCUCGGACCGGGCCAAGGACAUUAUCAUCCGCAGCGGCGAGAACAUCUCGUCGGUCCAGGUCGAGAACGCCCUGUUCGCGCACGACGCCGUGCGCGAGGUGGCCGUCGUCCCUGUGCCGUGCGAGGUUCACGGCGAGCAAGUCGCCGCCGUCGUCGUCCUCCAUCCCUCGACCCACCCGUCCCGCUCCUCAUCCGCCCGCCAACCUCCCCCGACCGAGGCCGCCCUGCGCAGCAUCGCCGCCUCGUCCCUCCCCCGACACGCCGUCCCCGCGCUCGUCAUUCUCAUCGAAGUCGGCGCCGAGGAAGAAGGUCUGCCCAAGAACGCGACGGGCAAAGUCGUCAAGGGCGACGUCAAGAAGCUCGCGACGGCAGAGUGGGAGAAGCGAGGUUUGGGCAAGAAGCCGCCGAGGGCCAAGCUGUAG